CACCACUCUUGUGUAUGUAAACGACUUCAAGUGUCCAGAUCCUCCUCAUAUAACCGGCGACACACAGCCAGAUGACACGGACUUCAUAACAGGGUUGAGAGCGAUGGGUUCGGUGAAAGGUCCCCUCACUACACAUGUGCUGAACACCGGGGACGGGGUCCCAGCGGCGCGGAUGGCCCUCAGUCUACACCGCCUGGACCCCCGCAUGACCGUCUGGAGCCUCGUGGCCGUCGGAAACACGGAUGAGGACGGACGCUGUCCGGGACUGAUAACCAGCGACGCCUUCACUCCAGGGAUGUACAAGAUGCGCUUCGAGACGGGCCAGUACUGGGAGAGUUUGGGACAGUCCAGCUUUUACCCUUAUGUUGAGAUCGUCUUCACUGUAAGCACUGCUGAUCACAGCGUUCAUGUGCCGCUGCUGGUGAGCAGAUACUCGUACAGCACCUACAGGGGGAGCUAGACAGCACACACACACACACACACACACACACACACUGUGCUGCAGUUUCAUUCAUCACAUCACAGUGGGUCAACUUCAACACCCCAGCGGUCAAUUAUCUGAACCUCAUCCUGUUGUUGUAUGUUCAAUAUUCUUCUGAAUGACCAAAACUAAAAUAAAAUAUUAUUGUCUCAAUAAUAAUAAA